CUAUAAGGAAAAUAAAAUUAGAAUAUAUUUAACAAAAGCACUUUAAUUCAUCUGAAAUACCAAGUGCAAUAAUGGAUGGUGAAGAUGGUGUCGUCAAAAGGGGUCGAGGCCGUGGACGGGGUACUAGAGCUCGUGGCCGAGGUCGUGGACGCGGUCGUGGUAGAGGCAAAAAAGCCGCAAUAGUUGUGUCUAGUGAUGAAGAAGUUUCAUUGGAUCAGUCAUUUGAAGGUAGUACGGGUGUUGUCGUGGAAGAUGGUGAUGUUACAGCGGGAAGUGGAGCGAAUGUAUUGCUUGAAACAAGUGAAGAUGCGGUCAUGAACGACUUAACUACGACAAAUGAAACGGUAGAAGUUCCCGCUAGUAUAACCAGUGUAGGAAAUACAACAACGGAGACAACCAUUGCCGCUGUUGCUACACAACCGGAACAACCUCCGACAACUGCUGUUCCACCAACAAACAAUAUUGUACCACAGACAAUUGAUAUGGAAGCCGAUAUAUCUCAGCUGGAGGCGCCGACAUUUACAACUAUUUGUAGAGGUCCUCCGGAACCAAUGCUCCGACUUAAGUGGAAUCAUAAAGUCAAUUUGAUUGGAGAAAAGGUUUUAAAUCCCAUGAUUCAUAUUUGUGAUCAGUGUGAUAAACCCAUUUUACACUACGGUCGUAUGAUUCCUUGCAAACAUGUAUUCUGUUUAAAAUGUGCUCGUACCGAACCAGUCAAAGUGUGCCCCCGUUGCAAUGAUAAGGUAAUACGUGUAGAACAAUCAGGCCUUGGAACUGUAUUUAUGUGUACACACAGUGGUAGUAGAUAUGGAAAUACCGGGUGCAGAAGGACAUAUCUGUCACAAAGAGACUUACAGGCACAUAUUAAUCAUCGCCACGUUACUCAACCACCACCACCGCCUCCACCGGCACCUAUACCACCAUCGGGAGAUCUCAAACCCGAUUCAGGCAUGCAACGCAAAUUAUCUGAAUCGUCUGUUACAGUGACACCCAUACAAGCUCCCUCUACUUUAUUAGCUCAACGUGCCCCCUUACGGUCUACCAGUAACAUUGGCUCAAUUGCUCCCCCUGGUUCCUCAUCACUGCAAACAACACCUACUCAUUCCUCUUUAACACAAGCCAACUUGGCACGCAUCAAUAAUGCCAAUGCUCAAGAUUGUCAUCAGGGUAAGGUGGCUUUGCAUCAAUCGCUCAAAAAGACUCCCCUUAGCCAGGGCCACCAUCAGCCAUCAGAAUCGGUUGCGGAUGCUUCUUAUUAUAGCAGCGUUUUAAAUUCAUUUGGCAGUGCAGGAGGUGGUACUUCUUCAGGAAAUAAUCCUCCUUACGAAGGUGCCACAUCUAAUCAGGCAGCAGGACAGAGUUCUUGGCAACAGCAACAACAAUAUUACAGAUGAGAAUUGCGGAAAAAUGUAACAAAAAACAACGUAUUAAUACAAGCUCAUAAAAAAUGUAAUUAACCAAUGGAAAGCACUUGAACAACAAACAAUAAAAGGCCAAAUUCGAAGUUUUCAUGAAUACA